CCAUCCCACAUCUCUCUCCCCUGGCAUCAUAAACAUGUUUACUGACACCACCUAAGAAUGAAUAAAAUAAAAAAACGUAUUUAUUCUACAAAACCAAAAGUGAGGCCUGAGCUUCCUUUGUGAAAAUCCUGUGAACCAAAGGCUUUUCUCCUUGUAAUAUACUGACUCACUAGCUUGUCAUGCUGCCCUGUGUCAUGGCAUUGCCAGGUAUCAAAUGAUCGGAAUAUUGGGAUAUUCUUGCAAAGAUUAUUAUUUGAAUGCACUGACAAAUGUAACUCCAAAUAUUCUCAUAAAUGUAAUACUUACCUGCUGGCUGUAAUGAUUUUGUGGUCCAUUAGGGACUGAUGGGAGGAGAAACACAGACACAGAGGAUUGAGUCUUUGAGUACGCCCUGAACAGUGAGUUAGCAUCAUCUCAUAGAGAAACAUGCACGUACAAUGUGGUCGUUAAAUACAUGGUUGAGAUUUUGAUCAGUGAAAAAUGAGUUGGAUGCUCUCCAUCUGCGUGGCGACGGCCCUGCUGGCUCUCUGUAGGGGACAAAACACUGUGCAUGAAGGAAAUAGCUUGUCUGCGUCUGGCUAUCGUCUAUGUAUUCACAAUGAGACGAGGAAUGUGAGUUUCCUGGUGAUGCAUACGGUCCCUUAUACUGUGACGAAGCCUUGUGGCGGCUGGCUCCACUGGAAUACAUGUACAGUCACACUUUACAGGAUGACCCAUCAGACUAAGUACAAGACAGUGAUGGAGCAGGUGACCAGAUGCUGCACUGGCUAUGUACAAGUCGGUCGUUAUUGUGCCCUGCCUGUAAACAGGAGUGAUGAGUUCACUGCCAAGCCAGGAUCCUGUCCAACUGCAGAUGGGUUGUAUACCAGUUCUGAGGACUGUGAGUGGGACAGUGACUGCCCAGGCUGGCAAAAAUGCUGUCAGAAAUCGGGUCGCUACUUCUGUAGUGAUCCUGCAAGCUCAGCAAAUUAUUCUGUGAAUGGAGGAUACCGUUUUAAUGCAACGUUGACAGUGAAGACAGAUUACCAGCAACUGAUGUCUAGUGAUAGAGGGCAUCUGAAUCACACACGAUUACUGCAGGCAAUGGUGACUGGAGCUCUGCAGUCUGAUGUUUCGGUUUAUUACCUCAGCUCACAGCCUGUGCAUCCCUUCAGAACUGCCACUUCUCUACUGAUUGACUGCAACUUUACUCUUUCUCUGUACAAUGUCACGUCAAAGCUGCAUCUUCUCCUCAAACACAUACAGGAGGUGUCAUCUGUUACUGUGGAAGAUGUGGAUGAGUGUUCACAGUCUGCCCUCCGUCAGUGCUCCCCUCAGGCAGACUGUAACAACACAGUCGGCUCCUACCAUUGUGCCUGCCACCAAGGAUAUAUAGAUGUUGACCCCAGCAACCCUGGAGCCCAAUGCACAGCUGACGUAGGAUUGGAGACCACCAAAGAUCCCCAAAGUGCUUACCUUCCACCCAUGAACACUACCUACACCUCUGCUUCCAACAGCACACAGGACCCUCUGGGCAACAACACCGUGGGUAUCUUCAGCUCCACUGAGACCAGCAUGACUACAGCUCUGAGUAAUACAAGCACCGUCGCCUAUAAUUCACCAAAUGCCUCGCAGUGGACAAGUUCUGCAACUUAUAGCAGCUCAACUGUAGAGUCACCUCUGCUGACAACCACGUGCUCUCCUCCCAGCAUCACCAGCGUAUGGUCGACUAACGUCACUGGAUUCUCGAUUUGUGUCCACUGGUCCAGCCAGUUUCAGACAAACCAGACUUACCAGGUUGUUCUGAGCAAAAGGUCAGAGGUAAUUCAUUCUCGGGUCACCAAUCAGUCCAUGAUGGAGGUGAGGGAACUGCAUCCUGGUGUGCUCUACAAUGUGACUGUCACUCCUCGUUCCUGCGGAAGCCAAGGAGUCACCCUUCAUAUAUCAGUCAAGACUGAUGCUCAGACUCUUGACGCCACAGCAAGACUGACCAACAUCCAGUUCACUGCUGAUCUGCAGAACACCAGCAGCUAUGCCUUCGAAAACCUCACAAUGAGCAUUAGAGAGGAGAUAUACCAGUCUCUGUCUCCAGGCAUGAAGGCCAUGGUGGAUUCAGGCCAGGUGAGAAUCGAGAUCAGAAGUUUCUCCCUGGGGAGUGUGAUGGUCAACUUCACCUUUACCUAUGCCCCCAGUCAAAGCCAAGACAUCAGUAAUGUGUCCACAGCUCUGCUGCACUCCCUGAUGAACAGCAUCAAAUACACUGUGGAUAUAAACAACACAAGCACAAACGAUUUUGAUGAAUGUGCUUCAGGGGAAAAUGACUGUUCCCAGUGGUCUACAUGCAUUAACACCUGGGCCUCCUACACAUGUGAUUGCCUGGACGGAUUUAUAGACAACAAUCCAGAAAGGCCUGGACGAGCCUGUAAAGUGGUUGCUCCAACAACCACCCCUACUGCUCCAACAACCACCACUACUGCUCCAACAACCACCACUACUGCUCCAACAACCACCAUUACUGCUCCAACAACCACCACUACUACUCCUGCAACUACCCCUACUGCUCCUGCAACCACCCCUACUGCUCCAACAACCACCACUACUACUCCUGCAACUACCCCUACUGCCCCUGCAACCACCCCUACUGCUCCAACAACCACCACUACUGCUCCAACAACCACCACUACUGCUCCUGCAACUACCCCUACUGCUCCUGCAACCAUCCUUACUGCUCCAACAACCACCACUACUGAUCCAACAACCACGCCUACUGCUCUUGCAACCACCAUUACUGCUCCAACAACCACCCCUACUGCUCCAACCAGCACCGCUACUGCUCCUGCAACCACCCCUACUGCUCCAACAACCACCACCACUGCUCCAACAACCACCACUACUGCUCCAACAACCACCAUUACUGUUCUUGCAAUCACCACUACUGCUCCAACAACCACCCCUACUGCUCCAACAACCACCCCUACUGCUCCUGCAACCACCACUUCUGCCCCUACAACAACAAUCACUGCCCCCCAACAAACCACCACUGUUGCUCCAACAACCACCACUACUGCUCCUGCAACCACCCCUACUGCUCCAACAACCACCACCACUGCUCCAACAACCACCACUACUGCUCCAACAACCACCAUUACUGCUCUUGCAAUCACCACUACUGCUCCAACAACCACCCCUACUGCUCCAACAACCACCCCUACUGCUCCUGCAACCACCACUUCUGCCCCUACAACAACAAUCACUGCCCCAACAACAACCACUGUUGCUCCAACUACCACCCAUACUGCCCCUACAACAACCAUUACUGCCGCUACAACAACCAUUACUCCCCCUAUAAUCACCAUUACUCCUCCAACAACCACCAUUACUGCCCCAACAAUUGCCCCUACAACCACCAUUACUGCCUCUGUAAUCAUCAUUCCUGCUCCAAUAACCACCACUAUUGCCCCUACAACAACCACUGCUUCCCCAACAAUCUCAGCUAUUUCCCCAACAAUCUCAGCUAUUGUCCCAACAACCACCACUUCUACAAUGCUAUCCAUGACUUCUAGCUCUACAACCACUGUUACUAACCCCACUACCACCAUUACAGCUUCUAGAACCACUACUACUGCCCUGAGAAAUGCCACCCAUGCCUUGAUGCUCGGGGCUAUCUCAGUCCAGUGCAGGGUUGCUGCCAUCACUGUGACAGUUUCUAGGGAUUUUCUUCUGAGCAACAAGAUCAGGGAGAGCACCCUGUACUUGGGCUUGCCGGAAUGUGUCGUCAAUGGAGGCAAUGCCAUCUAUGCCCAGCUGACCGUGGCUUGGAAUGAGUGUGGCACUAGUCUUGUGCAUAAUGAAACUUACUACACGGCAUCUGUAACCCUGUUCAACACCAUGGAAAUGUACACGUCACCCAGUGAAACAGUGGAGGUACCCAGAAUACGUCUGGAGGUUCCCAUCAUGUGUACCUUCAUGAAGAGCAUGCUCAUCUCUGCUGACUUUGGCUCCAUGGGGUAUGACAUGAUUAAAGAUAUCAUCAUCGCGGGCUCAGGGUCGUUCCAGGUGACAGUGCAGCUAAUGAACGGUACAAUACCUCUACCCCACAACUACAGCUUGUCCUCUGAGGACGCUGUGGUGGUGGAAGUCAGCCUCAACACCUCGUCAGAGCAGAUUAAAGUCGUCAUCAACAAAUGCUGGGCCACUCCCACCCAAAACCCUGUUGACAUCUACAGCCACACCUUCCUGGAGAACAGCUGUUCCAUGAACACACACACCAUAGUGUUGAUGAACGGGAACUCCAGCACAUCACGUGUGUCAGUACAGAUAUUCUCCUUCGUCAACCUGGAUGUGAUCUAUCUGCACUGCCAGGUCCAGAUCUGUGUGCAGAUUGGAACCAAUUCAUGUGUGCCUGACUGUCAACAAAGAACAGCUCGCUCUUCAAAUACAAUUGGAACAGCUUUCGGUUCUUCCGGGUCUCUGCUGAGGUCAGAUGAAGAGCCCUUGGAGGAGGAUUAUAACAAUCUUCAUUUAGUUGGACUCUCCUGUCUAGGAAUCGGCCUGACGCUUUUCUUCCUCGUUGGUUUUGUCUGCCUUUUCUACUACCAGAGGAACCGCAUUGGACACUACAACUUCAGCACCAAACCCAAGCAGGAGAACUUCACCUACCUUGUCUUUAACACCUAGAUCUGCAGCAGCACCCACGACUAAAGCCACAGAGUUAUAACACUUAAACUAUAUUGCAGCAGCAGACACAUUUGGCAGGCUAUUAGAGUACAGCUGCCACUGAGUGGCACUGUUGCACCAUUCACAUAUUAGUUCUCACCAAUCAUUGCACAUCUUUGCACAUUGAACAAUGACAGUACAGAUUAGUUAUAUUUAUAUUUAACCUCCCCAUACAUAUAUUUAAGAUAUUAAAAUGAUAGAGUAGUUGCAUGUCAAUCAAUGUCUAUUAUAGAAACUAUAAAUGUUUCAUGAAUGUUCAACAUUAAGGAAUACAUAUGUGUACACUUGUUACACAUGUUAAGGUAAAAGUUUCUAUCUUGAAUGUUUUAAGUUACAUUUUGCCUGCAGUUGAGACAAACAUGUUCCCAGAAGCAUGAGACGUGAUGAUACUGAAAGGAAGUGUACAUUUAGAAUAUUGAAAACAUUAGUAUGGUAAUAUAAGUAUGGAAAACAUUUCACUCCAUGGUUCACAUUAAACGUUGUAAUGUAAUGAGUUUGCACAAAACUAAAUUGUAUUGCAAAAUCUUUGUAUGAUUCAUGUCGUCAAGUAUGCUUAAAAUAUACCAUCUGCAAUAAGCAGUCAAGCACAGUUAUCUCUUUAUUUUCUUUCAGCUGCUAUUUUUCUACAAUUACACUUUUUGUAUUUGUAAUGUGUGUUACACAUCUGAAAUAUUAAUUGUGUUCUCACUUAUACAAACUCUUCUGUAAGUGAUGUAAGA